CCUGGGGAAGGUGUUCAGCUUUGUGCAUCUGAGCUUUCAGGAGUUUCUCGCUGCUUUAUAUGCUAUUCUUUCCUUUUCUCAACAGAAAUCAGGUCUCUUCAGUAUGUUUAAGUCAUCUAUGAUUGAUUUCCUGAAGAGUGAAGUGGACAAAUCUUUACAGAGUGAGAACGGACACCUGGACCUUUUCCUUCGAUUCCUUCUGGGCUCUCACUGAAGUCCAAUCAGACAAUCUUACUAGACCUACUGAGACAGAGAGGAAGCAGCUCUGACAGCAAACAGGAAAUAGUUAAGUACAUUAAGAUGAAGAUCAGGGAGAAUCCUCUCCAGAGAAAUCCAUCAAUCUGUUCCACUGUCUGAAUGAACUCGAUGAUCAUUCUCUAGUGCAGGAAGUACAAACAUACGUGAACAGAAGAGAUAUCAAUCGUCUCUCUGGAGUCCGUCUCUCUCCUGCUCAGUGGUCAGCUCUGGUGUUUGUGUUGCUGAACUCAGAAGAGGAGCUGGAUCAGUUUAAUCUGAGGAAAUAUGAUCCAUCAUAUGAAUGUCUUCUGAGGCUGCUGCCGGUGAUCAAAGCAUCCAGAAAAGCUGAUUUGAUGGGCUGCGAUCUGACAGACCAAAGUUGUUCAGCACUGGCCUCAGUCCUCAGCUCAAACUCCUCAAGUCUGAGAGAGCUGGAUCUGAGUAAUAAUGACCUGCAGGAUUCAGGAGUGAAGCUGCUCUCUGAUGCACUAAAUAGUCCUCACUGUACACUGGAAAUACUGAGAUUUGCAGCUUGUAGAUUCACUGAUCAGUGCUGUGAAAGUUUGUCUUCAGUUCUACAAUCAUCAAAAUCCCUUAGAGAGCUGGACAUGAGUAACAAUGAUCUGCAGGAUUCAGGAGUGAAGCUGCUCUCUGAUGCACUGAAGAGUCCUCACUGUACACUGGAAAUACUGAGAUUAUCUGGCUGUAUGGUGACAGAGGAAGGCUGUUGUUCUGUGGCAUCAGCUCUGAGAUCAAAUCUCUCACGCCUGAAAGAGCUGGAUCCUGAGCUACAAUCACCCAGGAGAAUCAGGAGUCAGGCUGCUCUCUGAAAGACUCAACGAUCCAAACUGCACACUGGACAAACUUAAUGUGGAUCAUGGAGGAGAGUUCAGGAUUACAGCAGGACCACGCAAAUGUAGGUCUACACA